CAGGUAUCUACAGACGCAGACGAUUCAAUGGCAUAGGAAUAUGCUGCCAUCAGCGCCAGUUGCAUGUUGGCAGUCUCCGCACGCGGUCGCAUCGCAAGUUGUUCGCUCGCAUAGUAAACGACGGAAAUACGGAACACUAGCACGGAAUACCUCGCGGCGGUUCGCAGGUGUUUGUUUGGCUUUUCGCGUGGUUGAUUAUUUGCCAAUCAGUGCUGUUUUGAUUUACGCUCCAGUCAGAACGGGAGACAUACUGUGGGGCUGUUCUUGUGAUCUGUGUGUGAUAAAGAGUUCAGUUUUACCUGAAGCGAACCGAAUGAGCGGUUCCCAGGUGUAAAAAAAUAUUGUGCUGACUGUAGCGUGGAGAAGCAGUGACCGGUUUGCUAUCACAGAACAGUGCAACUUUCAUUCGUUCCACUAAUUCAUUAGCGCGAAUUCUAAGCUAAGCUAAGCUCUCGUUCGAUCCGGCGACUAAUUCUACUUAUGUAAAGGUUUUGUGUUGGCACCGUGCGGUAUUUUUGUAACGAAUUUUGGACAGUACUUUCGUACUUGCUUCAUCAACUGCCGUCAGCAAGAGACGUCAGCUUGGGGCAAACGUACCGUUUGUUAUUUUUACUCUCGGUACAGAGUGCCGCCCGAAUCCGCAACUCGGUGGAAAUAAUCUUGUAAACACGUUUAGUUGUUCGCAUCAACCGCCACUUCCACCGGCCUCAACAUGCUCCCAGCGCCGGUUAGCCUGAGCAAGUUCUACAAUCGGUUGAGCAUUCUAGUAACUGUUUUCAUUACCGUGACUGUAGCUAAAAUCAAAGCCGAAAAUUGUGGACAAGAAGAGCUGUCUAGAUGUGCGCGACCGUUCCAGGUGCUGCAAUCGUCCACCGAUUUGUCAAUAGCCACCAAAAAAGAGGAAUUGGAUAAAAUAUGCCCUGAUUUGAAUUCUGGACUGCUGUGCAUUCGCAGCUACACUCGCCGUUGCAUGACGUUGGAACAAAGGGAUCGUUUUAAUAAACUGUACAAUGGUACCCACCAGUUCGUGAAGGAUCUAUGCAGGGAGGGUCCCUAUCAGAAUGAAUUUUUAUCACAUGCCCCGUGCUUGCAACGAGUUAAACCAGACUAUGAGGUGUGUGGUCGCAGGUAUCACAACACGGUAUCGGUUAUCACCCAACAGCAGCAGCAGCAUCACCAUCAGGGCCGACACGAAAGGCAUCACCAGCAGCAACCGAAUCAUCACACCGCAGCAGGAAGGAACGCCGAGGAUGACGUUCGAACUGUUUGCUGUUCCUUCAUCGAGUAUCUGGAUUGCUCGGAAAGUGCAGCGAAGAAAACGUGUGGUUCCAAUACGGCUAGUUUUACCCGAGGUUUUUUGGAUAAAAUGUCGUCCACUUUAAUCAAGAUGUACUGCGAAGAUUACUAUCGUUCAAACAAGUGUCCAUCGGCACAAUCGGCAGCGUUUAGCACCAGUCAUAAUUACGGCAUCAGUCAUUUACUGUUACCACUAAUUCCUUCGCUGUUGGCUCUACUAAGCGCACGCUUCCCAACGUUUAGUUUACUCCGGUUACGAUAGAAACAUAGAACCCCUCUGCUUCCUAUGGUCCCAUCCAAUCGCACAUCUAUCAUACGGGGUGAAGCGUCGGCGACGGUGGCAAAGCAACCUAAGGCCGCAACCAAUUAUCGCGGUCACACAUCAACAACGUUGUUUUCGUCGUUUUAGACUACGAACAGCGUUCCGAAAUUUGUAGAUUUGACCCCCCUGUGACUCCCUAAUCAAGUGUUCUAUGCGUGGGGUAGUUUCAUAUUAGCAAUAAUACAACAGUAGAAGUAUUGCCGUAGGUUAAGCUACUGCCACUGCUGCCAGCUGAUUGAGUUUAUCACGCCGAGUCCCAGGAUUUUAUAUCUCAUUGGUACAUUGCAUUGUGUUAUUGCAACGCCGGGAACGAACGAUACCGAGGAUAAUUAGUAUUAAUUAAUUUAUUGAGUCGAAUUAGUUGCCGGGAGUUCAUUGAAGUUCUUGCCCCUCUCGCUGUCUCUUCAGUUGUAGAGAUCGCAGCUAGAAAGAACGUUACUAUGAACAAAAACAUUCGAGAUGAAAAUCGAAACAAAACAUAGGUCCGUCUUUAUUAGUUUUAAUAUAGCUGUGUGCAAGGUUAGUUGAGGUUAAUCGUUAAAAUUACGUUACUGUUCGGGUAGGUGCAAAAGGUGUACAUAUUUUUGAAAUUACAUUUAAACUCAAUUGAAAAACCACUGAAAAUCACAUGUAGGUAGAAGCAAUCCAAAAAAAAAAAACACAUGUUAUCGUUAUAGGAUAUCGAGUUUACAAAAUUGAACAGAUUUUUUUCAUACUCAGUUCGGUGACUUCGCUGCUCACUAAAUGGAAACCAAAUAUUAGAUCGUAAAUAAACUACAAAGAAAAGUUUAAUUUUUGAAAAACAAAA